AUGGCUGAAGACAAAAUCUAUUACUUCUAUCAUCAAUUAGUUUUACAAUUCCAGCCCUUAUUUAUGGCUCUUGGAUUUGCAAGUCGCACUUGUCCGGCGGAGGGCGCGGCCGAGCAAGACUCGACGCAGCCCGCCGUCGACCUGCCACGGACAAGAGAUGGGGAGAUUGACUAUGACGCGCUGUACGAAGAUGAAUCGGACAGUGAUCUCGGGUCGAUGGAGAACCACGGCUCGGUUGUCACUCAUCUACUAUCGCAAGUCAAGAUUGGAAUGGAUCUCACUAAGGUUGUGCUACCCACUUUCAUUUUGGAGAGGCGAUCACUUCUUGAGAUGUAUGCCGACUACUUCGCCCACCCUGACCAAUUCGUCAAGAUAGUAGACCAGCCCACACCCCGAGACCGCAUGGUACAAGUGGUGCGAUGGUACUUGAGCUCAUAUCACGCCGGUCGCAAAUCCCAGGUCGCCAAAAAGCCAUACAACCCCAUUCUGGGUGAGAUUUUCCGCUGCCACUGGGACCUCGACCCGUUACCUGACACUCAUUCCAAUAGUCUUGACAAGCUAAAAGUAGGAGAUGGUCCAGUCCCCUGGUGUACUCCAGACCAGCUGUCGUUCGUAGCAGAACAGGUGUCCCACCACCCUCCAAUAUCAGCCUUCUACGCGGAACACGUGAACAAACGCAUCCAGUUCGAAGCGUGGGUGUGGACAAAGAGCAAGUUCUUGGGACUGUCUAUCGGUGUGCACAACAUUGGACGAGGCUUGGUCACUCUGCUGGAAACUGGCGAGGAGUAUACGCUUACAUUCCCUAAUGGCUACGGCAGAUCGAUAUUAACAGUACCGUGGAUAGAGUUAGGUGGUUCAGUCGUCAUCGAGUGCGUACAGACAGGCCACAAAGCUAACAUCGAGUUCUUGACGAAACCCUUCUACGGUGGGAAGAAACAUCGUGUCACUUGCGAGAUCUUCGCGGGCGUCGACAAGAAAGCUUACUACACCGCCCAGGGGGAGUGGAACUCGAGGAUGGAUGGACGCUGGACUGAUACAGGACGCACGGAGACGCUGUUCGAGAUGAGCGGCAUGAAGGCGCGGCGCAAGCGCGUGGCGCCCGUGUCGCAGCAGGCGCCGCACGAGUCGCGCCGCGUGUGGCGCCACGUGACGUGUGCGCUGCGCGCGCAGGACACGGAGCUCGCCACCAGCGCCAAGCGACACGUGGAGCAGGCGCAGCGCGACGCCGUCAAGCUGCGCGACGCCGCCGGGGACAAGUGGCAGACGCAGUUGUUCAGCCCCAAAGGUGAAGACGGAUGGGAGUACAAUACUCCCCUAAAACAGCGCCUCAACCAACCCAAGUCGACGCCACAGCAUAAAGCGGAAAGCUCAGAGAACACUAGUUAA